CCCGGCUCCGGAGCAGCUCCUCGGCUGGGCGUGCAGAGCGGCGCCGGCUGGGCGAUGGCCCUCGCCCUCCUCGCCCGGUUCCUCUGGAUGCCUCUGGUCCAGCUGGGCGCCGGGGCCAGCAUUGCAAGCCCGGAGCCGGAGGGUCUGCAAGAGGCAGAGAGGUUCCUUGAGAAAUAUGGCUACUUGGGGUCCACUCACCGAGGAAUACGGCCUGCAGAGUUUUCCGAAGCUGUCAGGGAAUUUCAGUGGGUAUCCCACCUGUCUCUCAGUGGCAAGCUAGAUGCUUCCACUGUCCAUCAGAUGAACCUUCCCCGAUGUGGCGUGAAUGAUGCACGGAGCUUUGCUGCAUGGAAGGAACGUAUGGAUGCCUUGCUCUUGGGUCGGAGAGCGGAGAAGAAGCGCAGGAAACGGUACUCACACCAAAGUGGCCAGUGGUACAAACGGCAUCUGACCUACCGGGUGGUGAACUGGCCCUGGUACUUACCCCAGCAGCAGGUCCGCCUGGCGGUGAAGGCAGCUUUUGAGCUCUGGAGCAACGUCUCCUCCUUGGUGUUCUGGGAGGCAACAAGCGACCCAGCAGACAUUCGCCUGACUUUCUUCCACGGGGACCACAACGACGGAACAGACAAUGCCUUUGAUGGUCCAGGAGGUGCUUUGGCACAUGCCUUCUUCCCACGCCGUGGUGAGGCGCAUUUUGACAAUGAUGAGAGGUGGUCACUGGACAGUAGCAAGGGCCGCAACCUCUUUGUGGUGGUGGCGCAUGAGAUCGGGCAUACACUGGGCUUGGAGCAUUCCCCAGUGCGCAGUGCGCUGAUGUCCCCUUACUACAAAAAACUGGGCAAGGAUUUUGUCCUCAGCUGGGAUGACAUUCUUGCGAUCCAGAAUUUAUAUGGGAAGCCUCCCUGGGGCUCUACAGUCCAGCUCCCAGGGAAGUUAUUUGCUCGUUUCCAUGACUGGAGCCAGGAUAUUGAAGGCAGGGAACGGCAGGAAGGAAAUCCCAGUGCCCAUUACUGCAGGUCCUUUUUUGAUGCCAUAACCAUAGACCUGGAAGGCAAUCUUUACAUCUUUAAAGGUGGCUAUUUCUGGACUGUAUCAAAAGGAGGGAACACCACUGGCCCAGAGCUACUCCGGACAAAGUGGCCAGGGCUACCAUCCACCAUUGAUGCUGCUGCCUUCUCAGAGGAAGAUGGGAAAUUCUAUUUCUUCAAAGGAGGCAGGUGCUGGCGGUACGGCCCCUCCUUAGAAGCUGGCUUCCCCCAGAAGUGUAGCAGUACCGGUGAUCUUCCACGCCACCCUGACGCCGCUCUCUAUUUCCAGCCCCUCCGCCACCUGGUUCUUUUUAAAGGCCCCAAAUACUAUGUGGUAAAUGAGGAGACCUUCCAGGUGGAGCCUUACUACCCCAGGAGCUUGAGAGACUGGGGAGGGGUCCCAGCCAUGGCCAAUGGAGCCUUGACUCAUUUGGAUGGUUUUGUAUAUUUCUUCCGAAAUGACGGGUUCUGGAAAUUCGAUCCUGAUAAGCUGCAAGUUGUGGCAUCUGGGAAAUGGGCUCCCCAGCUGCCGUGGCUUGGCUGUCAGGCUGUGGACCCAAGUUAGGCCGCAGCAUAACCUUCCUUAGACUUGUCAUGGCCAAAAUCCAGAUGUUAUGAAUGCCAUUAUGGGCCAUGUUUGUGUUUGCUCUUGGUUUCUUAUGGAACAGAUAAAACCAGAAAGGAACUGGGAGCAUUAAGCUGAUGAGGUGGUAAACAGAGGAGAAACCCUAGUAAAGCAAAAUGACUUGUGAAAACAUUAAAGUUCAUGAUGUUAAUUUUGAGUGUCGAAUGAUUGAGGCAAGAAGUGGGAGUGACUCCUAGUCUCUGCUGUGCUGACUGGAAAGGAAAGGGCUGGCAUUCUGCCUCCAGCUGGCGAAUAACUGGACCACGGGGGCUCUUUCACCUCCAAGCUACACCUCACUGUGGAAGCCAACCUUACUCUGAGAACUGCCAGAUCCAACUUACAGUAUUUUCCUGUCUUCCAUCUUUGUCCCAGAACUGAUUGCCAAGGGACUGGACAAAAUGGCGGGCCUUUUUUAUGGUUGCAGGUUGUCUUCUGUGACUUGAGUGUUAGGCAGGCUGCUGCUGAACUACUUGAACUUCCGUCUCAGGAUCUCACUGUCUUUUGCCAUGAUCUGUUGUGUGGAACUGGCAGUCGCUGUUUGAAUAUUGCAUGGCCAGUCACUUAUUCCCACUCUUCUACAAUAUUUGUGCCAUUUUUCAGAACUCUUGUCUUUUAUUUGUCAUUCUUAUUGUGCUUUUGUACAAAGCGUUGAGUGAUCUUACUGUAUUCCCACACAAUCAUUGUAUGAGGUCGGGAUGGAUUGUGGAGUGCUCAGACUGGACUAUUGUAGAUGACUUCACCAAUGAUACUGAUAAUUCAUCAGGUGAUAUACCAGAAUGCCUUGAAUUGGGGAAAAAAAGUAUUACUAUUAAGAUCUUUCAUUUUGUAGCCAGACAGAGCCACUGCUCAUAUUUUUUUUAAAAAAAUUGUUUGUUAUUGAGUUCUGCAAUUGCCUAUCAAUUAAUUAAUGUUAUCAUUGAGGAUUGUUAAGCUGCAAUGAAAAGGGAGAAAAAAACUUAAGACCGCAGUCCUAAGAAACCGCAAGGGCUCUUUGAAUGUCUACAUAGUGUAGCUUGGUGCCACAAUUUGGUGUGCGUGUUGCUUCUUUUAAAAAUUGCCACAAAUAAGGUCUGUAAAAAAAGACAGGAAAGCAAAACACUGAAAUGCAGUGGAUUGUUAAUAUUAGUGAUUCUAGAGUAAACAGCUGUUUUGAAAUCA